AUGCCUCUCGAAGCCGUAAUGAUCAUUGUGGACAACAGCGAAAGCAGCCGCAACGGAGACUACACACCAACCCGAUUCGAUGCCCAAGCCGACGCAGUCAAUGUUCUCUUUCAGCAUGUCACUAAUGGCAACCCUGAGUCCUCAGUCGGUCUGAUGAGCAUGGGUGGCAAGGAUCCCGAGGUUCUGGUCACAUUGACGUCGGACCAGGGCAAGAUCCUUGAGGGCCUUCACCGGACCAAGAAGAAGGUGUCCGGAUCAUCUCAUCUCGCAACAGCAAUUCAGGUCGCAAGCCUCGCCCUCAAGCACCGACAAAACACCACGCAGCGCACUCGCAUAGUGGCAUUUGUCUGCUCGCCCGUAUCCGACGAGCAAAAGGCGCUGGUGCAGCUGGCGGGCAAGCUCAAGAAGAACAACGUGACGGUUGACUUUGUGCUCUUUGGCGACCUGGAUGACGACACGACUAAGAAGCUCGAGGCCUUCAACGCCAAGGUCAAGAACAACGAGGGUAACAGCCACCUGGUGGUCAUCCCGCCCUCUGGCAACCUGCUGUCGGAUCAGCUGAUCGCGACGCCCAUCUUUGGUGAGGGUGCCGGUUCGUCGGCAGCCGCCAACGGUGGCGGCGGCGGCGGCGGCGGCGACUUUGGCGAUCUCGAGUUUGACCCGGCGACCGACCCAGAGCUGGCGCUCGCUUUGCGGAUGAGUCUGGAGGAGGAGAACGCGAGAAAGGAGAAGGAGGCCAAAAAAGAGGCCGAGCAGGCGAAGAAACAGGGCCUGGAGAGCGUCGAGGAGCAGGAUGAGUCGGCGCCGUUGCUGGAUAAGAGUGGGGGACCAAGCGGGAGCGGGAGCAAAGACAAGAAGAAUGAUGGCGGGGACAGGAUGGACACUUCAUAG